AUUGCAGUGUCUUGCGAGACCCCAUCGGAGUUAGUUUCGAAUCGGUUUGUGCGUCGGAAUAGUACCAAGCAGUCAAGCCAGCGUGUAUAAAAUAUACAUUUAUAUUCCGAGAGUGACGCAGUGCCUGAAGGUGGAAUAACUACGGAUUUUUUCGCCUCCGACGAAUGGUGUGAGGUCAUUUUCUUCAGUCGAGAAACUGUCUUGUGCUGGUUGAAUCAGUUACUGCACUGCAACUUAACGUCUGUCUGGUGAUCCUUGAAGAGGAUAAAAAGGAGCACAGGAACCCGAUUAGGUCAUCAGUGGCUAGACAGUAGGCGCCUCCUUCGAUCGAUCGUUUGUCUCUAACGUCCAGUGCAGCAGAAUUCAACCGAAAUGUUCAGCGGAUUCACAGCAUCUCUGAAGAACCUCGGCAGCAAGGCCGAAGGUCUCUUCGAUAAGAAGAAGAAGGAAGCCCAGGACUUGGCCAAUGAGAAAGUGCAAGCCGCACAGAGCAUCGCCGAAGAUCAGGCCAAGAAGACCCAAGAUGCCUUCAACCAGACCAAGCAGGACGCAGAAAACUUAGCAAGCUCAGCUAAGAGUGAAGCAGAGGCCACCAAGCAGCAGGCAACGGCCGUUGCCGAAGGCGGCGCCCAGGCUGCUGGCAACUUGAUGGACCACGCCAAACAGGCCGCGGAGAAUGCCGUCCAACAGAGCGCCCAGGUCGUCGAGAAGGCCAUCGAAGACCAGAUGAAGGUCGCCGAAGAGAAAAUUGACGAAGGUAUGAAAACUGUGAGUAACGAAGUGGAUAAGAAGCUUCAAGAUGCUAAUAAGUAUGCUGACGAGAAGCGUGGAGAUUUAGUGCAGAACGUCAACGACGCAGCCGCAAAGGCCCAGGAAUCGGCCACAUCUACGGCUACAAACCUUCUCGGUAAAAUUAAUCUUGGCAAGUAACUCAAUCCCACCACGUCCCAUGUAAACCGAAACCAAGAUUCAAAUGGAUAAUCGAAUUCUGAAUCUCCAGCGAUGAUAUUACUUUUAGAAAAAAAAAAUCUAGCUUUUAAGAUACUUGCUGCCUUUACGGCACAAUAAUGCAGCUUCACAAUCUACCUUUUCAUGAACUUUCCUAAUUAGAAAGAAAACUAUUGAUGUUAAUCUACACAAACAAGAAAACAGAAACAUACAUGCACAAACAAGUUUAAGCAUUUUUCUGCUUGAAUGCGACAGCAAGAUCAAAGCAAAAGGCCUUAAAUUCAAACGAAUUAAUUGAUAUUGCAUGAAUCUCACCCGCCCGAAACGCUGGCGCUAAAAAUACGUGAUGCAGAAGAUAGAUAGAUCUAACCAGCGAUGAUAAAUAUUACGCAGAAGCGCAAGCAGUUAAUGCCUCGAACAUUUUUGAAUAUUAGAUCACAUGUUGUUGUGAAAGCGCAACGGUGCGCUUAUUUUGUCUUUUUAAAAAUUUUAACAUUCAUGAAUACGAAGAUAUUUCUAUACGUAGUUUAACAAACAAACUUCGCAUUUGCGAAAGGAAACCGAAAGCUUUUUCGUCAACAUUUUACUACUUUCAAUAAAAUUGUAGAUUUUAGGCACAAAGGAAUCCGUUGAAAGAGGCGAUAUAUGAUGAUGUUGAAAUAAAUGUUACCAAACCAA